AUGGGUAAAGCAGAAGACGUGGUCAUCACCUCCCAGGUGCCCAGCGAGAGCAUCCCCUUGCUGGGCCACACCCUGCCCAGCCCCACCUACCUGACCCAGGAGGAGGUGGUGCAGCAAGCGGAGUCUGCCCCCUGGCCGGGCGUCCGCAAGGCCCUGCUCUGCCUCCUGGGGGCGCUGUUCGCCUGCCUGCUCGCCCUGGCCGUCCUCCUGAUGGUCACAAUGCCACGGCCACGGCCACCCUUGGUCUGGUGGCAGAAAGCGUCCUUCUACCACCUGCCACCUGCCUCCUUCCCGGAUUCCGACGGCGAUGGGCAAGGAGACUUGGAAGGUGUGAGACAUCAGCUCGACCGGCUCCUAGCCUUAUCCGUCCAGGCCUUGGUGCUGGGCCCCAUCCUCAAGAGCGACCUUGCCAAUCUGAGCAGGAUCCUACCUGCCCAUGGGUCUCAGGAACAGCUGGAAGCCCUGGUGGAUGUCGGGAAGAAGGAAGGACUCCGAAUUUUGCUUGAACUCCCAGUCUGGGAAGAGGAGCUGGACAACCGGACAAACCACCACCUCAAGGGAGCGUUCCAGUUCUGGCAGGCGCUGGGGAUCCACGGAUUCCUGGUGAGCAAGGAUCCCGCCUGGCGUCUGGAGGCGGUGCUGGAUGCCUGGAGUGAGCUGGGCGCUCAGACGAAGCCAGAUCGGGGGCAGGAGAAGGUCCUGAUUGUCCGGGAUGAGAGCGAAAGAUGCAACAUUUCUUCCCGGGUGCCUGACAGCGUCAUCCUCAGCUGCCGUCUGCUGGGAGCCAAGAGGAACCUGACUGUCCAAGGACUGGCGCAACGGGUGGAAGGGGCCUUGGGGCACCCUAGGGUGCCCUGGCCUGGCUGGAUGGUGCCAUGGGGACCCCCAUUGAAGUCUGGCUUGGGGGAGAUGUUGGGGGUGCUCCAGCUCACCCUCCCGGGAGUUCCGCUGUUGCAAGGCGGGGAAGGAUCCCCUGUUCCAUUGCAGAAUGAGUCCACGGAAGGAAGCUCUGACCGGCUUCUGCUGGAGAACCUGCACUGCUCUCUCCUGACCCUGCGUGCCAGCUCCUUCGCUCUACACGGCGUCGAUUACAUCCCUCUGCCCCUUGCUGGCCACUCCGAGGACGUCUUCGCCUUUCUCCGCCCCGGAUCCUGCUCUGCAAUCCUGGUGGUCUUGAACCUUGGGCCAUGGCCCCUCCAGCUCAGCCUGAGCCAGCUCAACUUCCUCGUUCCUGCCAAGGUGCUGUUCAGCACCCACCCUGAGCCUCAGCAGGAGAGCAACGUGGACCGUGUGAGACUGGCGCCACACCAAGCGGUCCUCCUCCAAGUGCCCAGAGGACGCGGGCAGUGAUUGGCUGCCACGGAAUCCGGUCCACACAGCUGGCAGCCAAUGGGACGCAAAAGGAACUCUUAUUGGCCGCUCAGCUGCCCUGCUAUCGACAAAGGGAAGAGAUGCCCUAUCCCAGUGGUCUUCAACCCCCGGGCCACGGACCGGUACCGGUCCGUGGAUCAAUUGGUACCGGGUCGCCCAAGAAACAUUUAAAUACAAUUAAAUUAAAAUUAUUAAAUCAAAACAAUCUAAAUAAAAUAUAAACAAUCAAUGUCCCCCCCUCAGCGGGCCGCGGUAAAAUUAUCAAACGCCGACUGGUCCGCGGCGAUAAAAAGGUUGGGGAGCACUGCCCUAUCCCAUUGGAUAUUGUAACUGAUGCGUAUCAAUACACUUAUAAAGCAGUUUGGUGAGACUCGCCUGUGAGACCACUUUAAUCAACCAUGGCUUCCCCAAAAUUAUUCUGGGAAGUGUAGGGUGCUGAGAAGUGUUAGGAGACACCCCCCCAUUCCCUUCACAGAACUACAAUUCACAGAAUGGUUUUAAGGAUCAAUCCCUCUUCCCAGGAAACUCUGGGAAUUGUAGCUCUGCGAGGGGAAUAGGGGUCUACGGAGGACUUUCGGCACUCUUAACAAGCUACAGUUCCCAGAAAUUUGGGGGGCAAGAAUCUAUGACUGUUUAAAGUGGCAUCAUAGCGUUCUUUAAAUGUAUAGUAUGACUGUGACCUAAGAAUGAUGGGAUGCCAUCCUCCCCCCCAUCUUUUGGCCACAUCCAUGUGGGCUAAAAAAAUACCUGCUACUGUGCAUUCAAAUUAAAUAAAGGAAAUCUCCCAGGUGUCUGCUUAGUUGGAGGCCUUGACUGUUGAAAAGGGUUAUCCUAGAUUCUUUACAUGUAGGCUGCUAACAGGGUCCAGCAUAAAGGAUUACCACAAACCAGAUACCGGUAAAUGUCUCAUGCUAUGAGGUCAGAGAUAGAGGCUUCCUCGUGUGUGUGUGUGUGUGUGUGUGUGUGUGUGUGUGUGUGUGUGUGUGUGUGUACAACCAUGCAAAAAACAAGGGGGAUUAUGGGAUUCCAGACCAAUUCAGGCUCCAAAUUUCACACACCCCUAGAUACAGAGUGGGGAAAGUGGUUGGUUUUGCAGCUGGCACACAGAGGGGCAGAGCCAAGAUAAUUGUAGCCAAGCAGCCAACCCUCUCCAAACGCCAACUCCCUUGGCCGACAGUGUCUUC